ACAUAGCAGUAUAUGUUGUUAUGCAUUUGAAAAGGAUUUAUUGUGUGCUAUGGUCAAUGGGAAAACUCGCGAAGUUGCCCCUAGUGGCCACUUGCAGAAGUUUAUGAAAGAUAAUUGGUAAACUGUUAUAUCUUAAUGUUACAGUUCGAUAAAGAAGAUCGGAGACGUAUAAAAUGGAUGUCAGCCGCAAUAUUCUCAGAGGAGUCCGAUCAGAAGUGGCAAGAUCGAUGUUUUCCAUUCUUUUAAGCCUAUCGCUAUACGCCAUAUAUUCGAUUGUCAAUUAUUCCUCGAAGAAUCUUCCUUCCGAAUCACUCUUGCCAUCUUACGAUUUCAUAAUCGUAGGCGGUGGUUCUGCAGGAGCCGUGGUAGCGAGUCGGUUGUCCGAGAUAGAAGAAUGGAACGUACUCCUCUUGGAAGCAGGUGGCGAUGGAAGCGUUAUAUAUGAUAUUCCUGUUACUGCCCCCAAUCUACAGCUCACCGAGAUCGACUGGAAAUACACGACGGAACCCAGUCCAAAUUACUGCAGAGCGAUGAAGGAGGGUCGUUGCCUGUGGCCACGUGGCAAAGCAAUCGGAGGCAGCGGCGCGAUAAAUUACAUGCUCUAUAUUCGUGGUAAUAAAAAAGAUUACAACAUCUGGGAACAACUAGGCAAUCCAGGAUGGUCCUACAAGGACGUUCUAAGUUAUUUCAAAAAAUCGGAAGACAAUCAGAAUCAGAACUACAGCAAGACUCCGUAUCAUUCGACGGGAGGUUACCAAACUGUCGAUGAAGCACCUUGGCGGAGUCCAAUGGGCAAGGCGUUCCUUCAAGCAGGACGAGAAAUGGGUUACGAGAAUAGAGACCUUAAUGGAGAACGGCAGACUGGCUUUAUGUUUCCUCAGGGGACCAUUAGAUAUGGCAGCAGGUGUUCCACGGGGAAGGCCUUCCUGCGGCCUGCCAGCGCGCGUAAGAAUUUACACGUUGCUAUGCACUCACAUGUUACGAAAAUUUUAAUAGAUCCGUCGUCAAAGAGGGCUUACGGUGUACAGUUCUUUAGAUACGGAAGGACGUUGCGCGUCCAUGCCAGCAAGGAGGUGAUAGUUUCCGCAGGAUCUAUCAACAGCCCUCAAUUGCUGAUGCUGUCUGGAAUAGGUCCUGAAGAACACUUAAAGGAACACGGGAUACCAGUGAUUCGGAAUUUAAGCGUGGGUCAUAAUCUUCAAGAUCACAUAUUUGCGGGAGGCGUUUACUUCUUGCUGGAUGAAGAAGUAUCGUUGCCAGAGAGCAAUUUGUAUGAUAUUCGAUACUUGCUAGAAUAUGCCUUAUUCGGAACCGGCCCAUUAACUCUCUUAGGAGGACUCCAAGGACUAGCUUUUAUCAAUACCAAAUACGCGAAUGCCUCGGACGAUUUCCCAGACAUACAAGUGCAUUUUGGGGUAUUGAGUCAGAACACCGACGGCGGCACAGUUUUUAAAACUAUUCAGGGUCUGUCCACAGAAUUCUUCGAAGCUGUGUAUGGGAAGUUAGUCGGUAGAAACUUGUGGGUGGCGCUUCCUACGCUUAUAAGACCGAAAAGCAAAGGUGUUAUCAAGCUUCGAAGCAACAAUCCCUUCCAUUAUCCGCUAAUUUAUCCCAACUACUUCGAAAACCCGGAAGAUGUGGCGACAUUGGUAGAAGGAAUUAAGUUUGUGUUCGAGAUGAGUAAAACUGCAUCAUUUAGACGUUAUGGAAGCACAUUUGUACCGGUACCAUUUCCUGGCUGCAAGAAUAUUCCUAUGUAUACCGAUCCAUAUUGGGAGUGCACGAUCAGAUUCUAUGCCUCGACUCUAUAUCAUCCAGUGGGUACUUGCAAGAUGGGGCCUAAUUCGGAUCCAACGGCUGUAGUAGACCCUCGGCUUCGAGUUCACGGAGUCACCGGACUUCGAGUCAUAGACGGCUCGAUUAUGCCAAAUAUAGUCAGUGGUAAUACCAAUGCUCCGAUUAUCAUGAUCGCAGAGAAGGGUUCCGAUAUGAUAAAAGAGGAAUGGUUGAUGAAAUAGGAUACAGAGUGAGUAGCUGUUCUUGUAAAUUGACUUAAAGCGGCUGCUACUGUUUAUUACAUAGUGGACACUUGUAAUUAUAAAUUCAAUGUAAAUGCCCAUUCUAUAUUACGUUACGAACUUAGCAAGGAACAAACACUUCAAGAAGAAGGAGCUGUACGACUUCACCUGUUACGUACUUUUAUGUGUUCUGGUUCAUUUCUUACAUUGCCGUUGGAAUUCAGAACUUAAGUGUAGUAUCUGUUACGUCGGGCGACCCUCUACCUAGACUGGGCCAUUGUAACGUCAAUUCACAUCAGAGACCAGGCCACACACCGCGGACAGGAUGGCACCCAGAUGUCUGCACAUCCUUGGCGCGCACCCUCAAUAGUCUUAAGUACCCACCAGGGCUCUUGGAAUUUUCAUAGUUAAGGUCCUUCGGACCAAGCGAGUAUUUCUUGUCUUAGAUUUCCUUUGCGUUUAUUGUCUACCAUGUGUUAGCAUAGAAAGUUGGUUGGUGCACCAACUGUCUUAUUAUCCAAUCGGAGACGGUGUCUACUGCCCUCACUUCCUUAACCAAAAUUGUCAUCAACAAAUCCGAUAGUCCCGUGUCCUUAGACACACCCACCCCUAGCCUUCCUCAGACACAGUAUCGUCAGUAAAGUCACUUAUUCUGUAUCCUCAGAAUAGUCAACAUAUCUUUACCGGUCUCUACCCUUAUAACAGUCGCGUACCUAACGUAUCAUUGUAACUAAGUCUUACAUAACGUGGUUGGAGUGAAUUGUGAUUUAUUUUAAUUCAGUGUGUAUUACAUUGUGGUUGCUGAAUUCAUAAUAAAGUUUAAUUAAAAUAAAAUUAAUAGUUGUGUUACGAUUCAGCUAUAUUAUUUCAUCAACCAACCCUUAAGUUUACGUGACACCAUACACCGCGGGCCAGACGGACACCAGAUGUCCGCUCAUCCUUGCUGCGUACUCUCA